UGAAAGAGGUCUCCAAAGACACUUGCCGCCCCUUUAAGCGUUGUUUAAAUUCUCAUAAAUGUUAUGACUACACCGACCACUCGCUCGGCGUUACGCACGCCGUGUGUGAUGUCUUUUGGAGAACAGGUUCAAACGCUGGAAUGAAUUGUUCCGAAAAUACGGCCGCCCUGUCUCAUCCGUUUGCGUGCGUGUUUACCCAAUUGGUGGUGGUGGUGGUGUAGUGAAACGAGCUGCAGCAGUAUUCCAGACCGGGGAACCACACACCAAUCAUACUCGGUUAACCUGGAGACGCGAUGUUUUCACAAUUGGUGUAAGACUAGCUGGAAGAAAGUAGGAGAAAAAAAACCUCCGGCAAUUUUCGGGGAAUUCCAUGCGCAGCUGAUCAGGAUGGUGGUAUUCUUUUCCGCAUAAGUAUAAACAAACAUUCAUCACUUUCAUUCGGGUGCGAGACAAAGCAGCUAGCGGGCUUCAGCGCCGAAUCGGCAUUUGGGAUAUGUUGAAAGUGUUUUUUGUUCUGCGUAGAAACUGUAACACAUUCAUUCCGAUCAGCUUUGUAUACAUGUUUCUGCUUGUUAAAAUGGGGAGAAAACAAAUAAAUCAAUCAGGAACAGUUUGAUGGGAGAUUGGAAACAAAAUGGAAAAAAAUAUUUAAAAAAUUAUGGAACAAUUUUUAUGGAUGAUGUAAGUAAAUGAAAGUCAGUGAAUAUAAAGUGCUACUUUGAUGAAGAUGUGUAAAACCACUCAACAUCUGGAUAACAAAAGCAAAACAAACAUGAAAAAAAUAUAUAACUAUGUAACAAUUAAAAAAAAUAUAUAAAAACAUUAUGCAAAAAAUUAAACUAAUGGAUCAUGAUGAAAAUACGUAAAUAUAAACAACAUGAAAGGAAAACAAGAAAAAUAUAGUCGAAAAAUAAAUGUUAGAACGAAAUAAUUACAAAACAAUAGAAAAAAAGAAGCAUAAAAACAUAAAACAAGUUUCAAAACAAAUACUUUAUGAUCGGAAAACUGUAUUAGAAUAAAAAAAGCAAAUCAAAAAUAGUAUUUCAAACAUGAUACAAAUCAAAUUCUCCUUGAGCGAACAGAUGCAUGCUGGUAGACAUACACGUAGACACGCAUAGCUUCAAGCAAUAUCAAUUGAUACGUUGCAACAUAAACAAUCUUAUCGCUUUACACUUUUGGUACAAAAAAAAACUUACUGCAGUUGAGUGUGAACCUACCGUGUAAAUAAUCAUACACACCAGCCAGUCGAGCACCACAGCUCGCUCCGAAAGGGUACAACACCCGGCCUAAUUCCCAAUCACGUUCGCACACGUGUGGUGCCCUUACGGAGAGACCCUUACCAUUGGUCGCUGUUUGUUGGAGAAAUACCCGCACAACGAUCGCAAUGAUCGAGGUGUGGAAUUGGUGGAAAACCAAUCUCGGAGGGGUGUAAAAUUGUUUGUUGACAUUAAAAAGUGCAAAGCGUCUCGCGCUUCCGGUAACAUAAACAUGGCGUCGGUCAGGAAUGGAUAGGUCUGGAACAAGCGUGCGUGCGUGUGUGUGUGUGUGUGUGAUACAUCGGUAUUUAAUUAGACUUUCAUUGUCCACUUCGGGCGGCCGAACGGGAGCACAUAAAACUGAGGGAGGAAAUAGGUCCUUUAGUUCACACUUCGGCGUAAUUAUGUCCGAUGAAGGACGUAACAUAAAAAUCUUCCCACCCUUGGCGAUGUUUUUUUUUUCUCGGACGAGUAGGUCGAAUCGUCCCUUGCAUUGUAAAAGUGACUCAUCCAGACGUUCGUUGUUUGGAACGUGGAAGAUUAGGGGUGUAGAGGAAGAGAAGGACAAAAAAAAAAUUGGAGACAGCAAACGAUAAGAAUUCCGCGGGAAUUGAAAUACACAGCGCAGCUGGAUGAUCUGCGUUCCGCGAGGCCAUUGCUAAAGUGUGAAGUGUGAGCGCGCGAUAUUGUUCAAAAUAGCACCAUCACCGACGAACGGUCGGACGCGGCCGUACCAGCCGACGGAGCAACCAGUACGCGUUCGACCGUGGCCGCGAGCUGUGUUCUUGCUGCAGAUGAGCAACUAUUCGCUGGUUUGUUUCAAGCUGUCAACCGUUGGUUGGUGAACAGAGAGUGUUACUAUGGUAGCGUGCAAGUAGGCGGAAGUAUUUCAUCGUGCAGGUUUUGUGUGCUGAUUGAUUGAGCAGUGUGAUUAAUAAGUGCGAGUGCGAAUUGUGCGACUUCGAUUCAUUAGUUCCAGUGGUCUGUCUGGUCGAGUUUUAGAAUUCGCACCCGGAAAAGUGACGUUCAGUGACGACGGUGAUAUGGAGUCGAAAGUGACGCAACGUGUGUCUUAUCGGUGCGCGAUAAGACCACGUCCGGUAGAUCGGUAUUGGUGGCACACGGUCGGUGCGGUGAUGCUGCUCUCCCUCGGGACGAUCACUCUGUUCGGCAUCGGUGACGUCGAUGCUGCAACGGUCCUCUGUCCACUGGCCGAAACGGUCGACAUUAGCAACGGGACACAGGAUGCGGAUGGGACCAUCGAGCAUGAAGGUGUCCGGUACGGGACGAAGCACUAUUUUCGUGACAGUGAUGAUGGGGUGCGUGGUUGUGUGUGUCUGGUGAAGCAAUGCUUUCAUGUUUACUGUUCGGGUGGAACACCCGAAGGACAGCCAUGUUUCGACGAUCUGAAUGUGAAUUUUUCAAUGUCCUCGGAUGGGAUGGGACAUGGGAUACGGAAUCUGCGCGACGAUCCCAACUAUCACUUCUUUUACUUUCUACCGCAUUGUAGCAGAGACUUUUUGAUACUGACUGCGGAUGAGUAUAUCCUUCGAUCGGACGGUAUACUUAUGUAUGGCGACUCUACGUACAACUAUCGUCACUACGGCUUUGAACCGUCCAAACCGUACGCAUUGGCCGGUUACUGUGAGAUGGUGGAUGUACUGGCAAUGCAUCGAAUGUACUCGAUAGGCAUCCUGAUAUCGCUACCCUUCCUGGUGGCAACGUUCGUCGUGUACGCGAUACUCCCAGAGAUGCAAAACAUUCCGGGCAAGUCGCUGAUGUGCUAUGUGGCGGCCCUUACCGUCAGCUACCUGCUGGUGGCACUGAUGCGUUUCGGCAUGUACGGCUAUCGGACUAACUGGUGCGUUGCCUCCGGAUAUCUGGUGUACACGGCCCUGCUGGCUAGCUUCUUCUGGUUGAAUGUGAUGGCGUUCGAUAUUUUCUGGACGUUCGGUGGCAGUCGGGGCAGGUCGAGCGAGCGACGAAAGUUUCUGUACUACUGUCUGUACGCCUGGGGUGUGCCAUUGCUGCUCGUAGGGUUCGUGACACUGGUGGACAAUACGGAUUUCAUACACGAAUCGAUGAGACCUCAGAUUGGCCAGGAGCGGUGCUUCGUGAGUGAGGAUAUGCUGAUUGGGUUCCUGUAUAUGUAUCUACCGCUGCUGCUGCUUGUCAGUGCGAAUGUGGUGUUCUUUGCCGUGACGGCCAUACGCAUCUACCGGAUGGAGCAGGCGACCGCUUCCGCCUUGUCUGGGGAUUCCCGACGCCACACAAAAUAUGAAAAGGACCGCAACAGGUACAGCCUGUAUUUGCGACUAUUCGUCAUCAUGGGUGUGACCUGGACGGUGGAGAUCAUCACCUGGCUGGUCGGUGAAUCCUCCUGGUUGAUCUAUCUGGUCGAUAUCUGCAACUGUCUGACGGGCAUAUCCAUUUUCAUACUGUUCGUGUGGAAGCCGAAGGUGAAACAGCUGCUGCUGAAACGAUUUGGAAUUAAGCGGGGCGCCCCGGGACGGAACGACCAGAACACCAACAGUACCGUAACCACGACGCGCUCCACGGACCUAAAAGGUACGGCAAACCCCGCCGAGACUCGCCUGACGGAUAUGACUCAUGGGAAUUGUAUAUACGAUUCAAUACGAUUCGAUACACAAUCAUGGGUAGUGAAGCAACUGGUCACGAUCCCGAAACACUGGCACAGGUUGUACAGGUGGUGUUACGAGCUCAGUGUUGAUCGGAUCGUGCUACACUCAGUUUUCUUCGCAACACAGAUACUACUACUCUCUGUUGCUGGGAGCGAUCGGGAACCAUCUAUCAACUGUCCCCUGUCGGAAAGGAUCGAUCUGACCGAGGGCGUUCCGGAUUCGCAAGGCUCGGUUCGGUUUGCUGGGAAUAUCUAUUCUCCCGAGAACUACACAACAUCCGGGGAAAAUCAUCGCUACAGUUGUGUGUGUGCUCAGCGCAAGUGUGUGUACGUGUGUUGCUAUCACAUUGACCGAUCGAAGUGUGAAGAGUCUUCACUGCCCGUCAAUCGAACCUCCUCCUCCAAUGGUUGGAUGGCGAGCGUGCUGGAGGAGGUCGAUCUGCGGGAGAGCCGUGAGUUCUGGUUGAUCUAUGCGACGCCACCUGCCUGGAGCAGUAUGCCCGGGUAUGCGUUGCAAAUCUCUGGUCAUGAGGGAGAGCUAUUCAAUGACGGUAGCUUUGCGUACGGCACGAAGGUGUACGCGAGCAGAACGUAUUGCAUAAAUCCGGCGGAAGAUUCGAUGCCGUACGUGUGGAUAAAGGAAACGGACGAACAUUUGGAGGUGCACCGUUGGCAUUCGCUGGGCAUGAUCAUCUCCAUCCCAUUCCUCGUUGCAACAUUGAUCGUGUACGCGCUCAUACCGGACCUACGCAACAUCCCGGGCAAGUCACUGAUGUGCUACGUGUUUGCGUUGGCUGUCAGCUAUAUGGCGCUAAUUCUGAUCAAGCGCAGCGUGUUCGAUAACUCACCGGACUGGUGUACCGUGGUCGGGUACGUGUACUACUUCUCGGUAAUGUCUAGCCUGUUCUGGCUUAACGUGAUGGCGUUCGACAUUUUCUGGACCUUUGGAGGACGUACUAGGCGAACGACCGAUCAGGGCAAGUUUUUACUGUACUGUUGCUAUGGGUUUGGUUGUCCAUUGGUUUUCCUGGCGCUCGCACUAGUGGCCGACCAUACUGAGCUAAUGUAUACGAGUUUAAGGCCAAAAUUUGGUGAUGGACAGUGUUUGUUUAAGGGAGAACAAUUUGUAGCCUUUCUAUAUCUGUACCUUCCGUUGAUCCUGUUGGUGAGCGCGAACUUGUUCUUCUUCAUCCGUACCGCUAUUAAGAUUAACAAAAUAGAACGUACCACGGCUGCAGCCCUUCAGGGUGAAUCGGGACGACACAGCAAGUACACCAACGAACGGAAUAGGUACGGUCUCUACGUCCGACUGUUCGUAGUUAUGGGCGUUACCUGGACGUUCGAGUUCAUAACGUGGAUCGCCGACUCGCAACACUGGAUGGCUCUCGUGACGGACGUCUGCAACUGCAUCAGUGGAGUUUUCAUAUUUUUCCUUUUCGUCUGGAAGCGUAAAGUGUGGAAGUUGCUGCAGCAGAGGCUUAGCGGAAAGCAAGUGCAAAUGCGCAAUCAACCACUGUUCUCUGUGAGCGGCACCAGAACGACUAGCUUGCCACCUGUUCGCAAACAUUCGACGAUGAACAUGGAAGUGUCGAGCUUUUAGGAAACUACUUUAGAAAGAUGUCCAUAGUGUUCGUUUUCAUCAACCAUGACAAUGUGUUGUAGGAGGAAAGAUGCUAGAUUAAUUGCAAGUAUUGCUUGCCAACUAUAUCGGAUGUGUGUCCUUUGAAAGUAUUUUUAAUUUAACUGCUGCACUGCCAACAACCAAUUACUUACCCAAGUAGAAGUAAUGAAAAUGCUAAUUUAAAUUAAAACAAUGAAAGUAUUAAAAACAAA